AUGGAGGACGGCUGGGGCGAUGUGCUCGCCGAGGUCGCGGGUGAGCCUCACCCGCCGCCCCGCGGCCCCGCGGGCGCCGCGGCCAGAGGGCCCAGUCGGGCAGCCGCGAGGUCGGUCGCGGCGGCGGGCCGCACCAACGCCCUGGCGCUGCCCCUGUCGGAGUCAGUGAGGCUGCCCACCGUGCCGAGACACAUCGUCCAAUGCACGGGCAGAGGCUCGACAGAUCAGUGGCCGCUGCUCCCGUAUGUUCGCAUGGCAGCGCUCACGAUCGAGCGCCAGAGAGUAUCAGACCAAGACGUGCCAGCCAAGCUCAACCGCAUGUUGAUGGAUUCGUCGUCCGAGCUGGCUGGCCGAACCACGUCAAAGGCAUCGAUCCAGGAUUCGAUCGGCGUGACCCCUGGGAGCUACACAGAGUACGUGAUCGUCUUGGCCAACACCAUCGUACAUUUCGAGCGGGACCAGAAGCUUGCGCUGGAGUGCUAUUUGGCAAAUACGGUCCCCAAGGAGAACUUGCUCCACUACGUCGAGGCGGUCAAGUACGACGAGACCCCGAUGAAGCUGUCAGUGAACGAUUCGUUCCAAGCACGUGGUCGUGGUGCAGUGGGCUCUUCCGAUCAGCAGCAGCAGCAGGUGGCCGUGUACCACAUGGAUCGAUCUCGACAGUGGGGGAAGCCGAAGUUAGAGAGAACUGUCAUCAAGCUGCUGCAGAGCUCGUCGAGGUUCGGGUACCUUCUGAGGACCAACGCGGGCGAGUACGUCGGCAUCGUCGGCGCGUCCAUUGCUCCGCUCCAGUGGCUGGAUCGGAACACUGGGGAGUGUCUUCGAGAGGCGGACCAACGUCGCACCACAGCUGUUGGACGGGCUACUAAGGACUUUGCGUGCAAGACGCGCGUGUCAGUCCUGGACGGCGCUGGCCCGAACGCCCGCUGCGAGGCGCAGGUCGGGGUUGACCGACGAGGCGACGGCUGGGGCAAGAUUGGUUUCACAUGCUCCAUACAUUGCCUCGCGAACGUAUUCACGCACACCUUCGACCUGACGGGCUCCGACGUGUCUGGCCAGAUCAAUUUUGCACUUGCCGUCAACGAGGGCUCGGGCUUCUCUUCUUUCUGUCGGAUAUUCCGUGCUGUGGUUCAACAGCGGAUUCGCAUCCGCAGGGGGAGGCCCCCACCAGAGGCCACCCCGUACAAGCGGCACUUGCUGUGCCUUUCGCUCGCACGGGGGAGUCGACUCAUCGAGAAGAAGACAGCUUUGCACCAUUUGCCGAACGGGGACUGGAGGGACCGAGAGCACGUCGACAUAUGGAUUCCCGAGGGCAUCGACAUAGACGAGAGCGAGAUCAAGAAGUCGGUGUCGGAGGCUUUGGAGGUCGUCCUCUUGGGAGCUCGAUUCACCCGGUGGCCGAGGAGCAGGUGGACGGGGUCCGACGUUGCCAUGGACGAGUUCAUCCUACUUGACGGCAUUCACGGAUUGGGCUCUGCUGUCUGGGCUAUCUGGGCGAAAGAGAUGGCUCGGGGCUCCAAGAAGAGACCUCGGCUGGGCGAUGGCGGGGCUCUGCCAGCUGCUGCCGCUGCGCCUGCCGCCGCCGAUGGCGGCGAGGGCGGCGCCGCAGAGGCUGCGGCUGCCAGCGGCGGCGAUGGGCAGGGCCAUGGAGAUUUCAAUGCAAAGCGGCUGGAGAAUGAGUACCAUCGUAGCACCGCUGGAGAUUGGAUGGACACGUCGCCGCUUGACAGAGUGGUGAUCAUUCGGCAGGUGCUGGAGCCUUUACGUCGGACGAUGGAUUGGCACCUCGAGGUCGGCGGCAAGCACUGGGAGAUCAAGCAGAGGGGCAUGGUUGUCCAGGCUGAGUCCACGGGCGCAGCCAGUUCGACGAGCAGGACGUGGCCGAUCGUGGAGGCUGCGCUUGGCACCCCUGCGCGCGUCUUCAAGGCUGCGUGGGACCCUCUGUUUCGCGAGCACGUGCUGUGGAAGGACCUCGUGCAGCCGUCGGCGAUGACUCGGAAGGCGCGCGCCCUCGCGCUCAAGCUUCUUUCGAGGUCUGAGUGCCAGGUUCGGGAGGCGUUCACCCAUCGACAUAGCUUGCUUCCGACUCGCAUCUUCGCCAUGAUCGUGGACCCAGCCGUUGCGCAGGAAGUGAGUGACCUCCAGGAUUGCCGCAUGGACAGCUGGACCAAGGACUUCGUGCUGCGACACAAGGACGCGGACGGAGGCUUGUCGAACCCAGCUGCGAUCGCAGAGUUGAACCUGCUUGCCGCCAUGAUCGACUUGGACAUCAAGGCUAUCGAGUCCCGCCACGCCUCGAUCCGCAGGCGGCUGAUGGUCAGGGGAGUGCAGACCCACUCGGCAACGUUCGCGGAGUCGUCGGCCGAAUGGGUGGUUGCCCAAGCUCGUUUAUCAGGCAGGGCAUUUCGAGCAGUCGGUGAGGGGGGCGCGCCAGCAGGUGGUGGCGAUGACGCAGGGGGCCCUGGCGGGCCGCCAGGCGAGGAGGCUACCACCACUGUCAGGGGCACGGUGUCUUCUUGGCAUGCUUUCCUGAGGGAGCAAUCCCUUGGUCAGACUGGCCGCCAGUGCAUCGCCGCCUUGAGCGCUGCGUACCGCGCUUUACCCAGAGCAGAGGUGGCGAGGCUGGCUGCCGUCGCAGCCGCGGCCAAUGGGAACCCCCGUGCUGCGGAUGCACCUGGCAGCGCCUUCGGCCUUCGGUCCCGCGACCUUGCUCGCGCCCAGGCCAAGAGGCGGCGGGAGGCGUCUGAGCAGCAGCUCGUCGCGGAGGCUGUCGUGCCGACCAGCCGCGGGGGGAUGACUGACUUGGCAAUGCGGCGAGCAUCGGCAGACCCCAACGCCACCGUGAACAUGGACUCGAUGAUGCGGGCUGCCCAGUCGCACAUGGUGAGCUUGCGCCGCGUGACCAAGACCGAGGAGCGAAAGAUGGCCGACGCGAUGGAGGCUUGGGAGUCGACUACGGGCGCUGCCCAGUGGGCAUCCAUGUGCAACAGUUUCAAGGGCGUGGCUGCUUUCCAGGUUAUGCUUUCUCCUAUGCCCUCGCACAUCGGCCAGAUGCCGGAGUUCAAGCACCCUACUACGUCGACAGCUUCGAUCGCUCGCUCGCUGUGGAUGUCAGGGCACGGCAGCAACAUGAAAGCUUGUCUCGCAUCAGACUGGAUGGAGAGGCACAGGGCAAUCAUACACGACGACUGUGCCCCCGUAGACGUGCCCGUCCAGAAGAAGAAGUACACCUGUGCUCAGAUCGGCAUGUGCAUAUGUUGCCCUGAGGCCGACGUCGUCAAGAAGUUCCGCAGGCGCUUCUACUCCGAGCUGAAGGGCCUCUGCACCAAGGGGUCGCCCGAGCGGAAGCUCUUGGACGAUUCCAGCUUGGUCGUGCGACUGCACGGCAUCAAGGCGGCUGUCGUCGAUGGCUGGGGCGUUGUGGCAGCUGGCCUCUCUGGCGACGACCCCGACGGCGUGGACGCCUACGUGUGGUGGCACAUCGGCUCCCACGAGUUCAGCCCCUACUGCUCCAACUUCAGGCCGCUCGCCGUCGACGAGCAGGAGGCCGUCGGCGGCCAGUCCGAGCUGUGGCAGUCAGGGAAGGCUACGAGGCGGGCCACAGCUGCGCGGCCCGCCGCCACGGGCGACGACGGCGACCGCGGGAGCAUCGCGUCGGACCAGGAGGAGGACCUGGAUGACCCCCUCCCCCUGGACGACGGGCCCGUGGGCGGCGACGACCACGGCGGCGCGGACGACGUCCGCGCUAGUGGCGAGGACGAGGUCGGCGUGGACAUCGACGAGUUGUUCAGCGAGGGCGAGGGCGACGACGGCGGCGGCGAGGUCCCGCUGCCGCCCGAGCCGCUCGCAUCGGAGAUGGCCAAGCGCAGCUCCAACGGUGAGAUGCCCGCUGCUGGUCGCCAACGCCGCCUCGGUGCGAAGUCCACGACGCGUGGUCUCUGCGGCGAGGCGUGCGACGACCUGGUCAAGCGCGCCCACGAGGACGAGGCCGUCUUCGCGUGCCGCAGUUGCGACGACGUCUACGUCCACAGCCUGAGCUUCAUGACGAUCACCGACGUCGUCGCGAGCAGGAGCGACGAAGUAUUCAAGAAGGAUUUCAUCGAGGGGAAGAUGCAGAGAAAGAAGCAGGGUAAGAGGCCGUUCUUCCCCGAGGAGGUGGGCAAGCGCGAGGUCUUCUCCAUGAAAGUGAAGCGGAAGGCCCUCAUCAUGUCGAGGUCAGAGCUGCACAAAUAUUGCGGCUUCAAGCCCACCAAGAAGAACACGAAAUCUAUCCCCUCGAUGAUGUUGCACUCGGAGGACAGCCUAGACGUCGAGGAGGUAUGGCUCUUCAUGUGGACGAUCGAGUGGUCCUUCCUGCGCACGCUGAGCAUCAGCAUGGGCGUCGUUAGCGAGAAGAGCUGCGUGUACAUGAAGCAGGAGAACCACAUCUUCGCCUCCCAGGGCACGCGGACGUUCGACUGGAGCAUGGGCGAGCAGACUCACUCGAGUGGCCCGUCAACCUUGCUCGCGAACCUCAAGACCCACGAGGACGCCGGCCUGGCCCUCACGGAGGAGAUGGCCAACUCGAUGGGGAUGCGGCGUCUCCGCGGCGGGGGGUUGCCGUCAGGCGGGGUGCCCGCCAUGUCGCCGCCGAUGACCAUGUCAGGAGCGUGCUCGGUCCUCUCUGGCGGCAUCGAGUCCACGCCAACGGGGGGGGCGGGAGAUGGCGAGACUGACUCUCCGCACACGCCCAUGCUCUACAGCAAGGGCACCUUGUCGGCGACGACGAUCAACGUCAUGGCGGAGCGACGUGCUGCGAGGAGCGCUGUGAGCGGGGUGCCAUCCGCCCUGUCGGCCAUCGGCCGACUCCAGGCAGCGGCGGCGAACGCCUGCAGCAUCGAUGCUGACGAUUCGGCGAGCCAGGCCCCCACUGCAGGGGGCCCCGCUGUGGGCAAGGGGGACCAGUGGAUUGCGAAGCUCCCGUUGUCGAAGGUGCUCACUGCUGGGAAGUUGGGCGUCCAAGCGCACCACGCCGCUGGAGAGUUGAAAAGGCUGAGGGACAAGGAUAAGGACCAGUGGAACAGACUCACCCUGCACAUGACGAAGUACGAGCUCGCGAACAAGCUUCACGAGACCAACAUCUUCAGCGCCUCGGCUGGCGAUGUCAAGGACGCCUUCGAGCGCCUGCGCCAGUCCAUCGAUAUCCCGCCCGUCGUCAAGAAGAACAUGUGCAAGAAGGUGUUCCAGGAACGCAUGACAGUCGAGCUCCAGUCCAUGACCGACGUCACCUUCUUCUUUGAGAUGGUGUGGCCAUGGCCCACAUCCCCUCAGGAAGCGGGCCUCACCUUCACUGCGGAUUCGCCGAAGCUCCACUUCAUUGACCUCGAGAUGGCCGAGAAGAUCCGCAUGUUCAACCAGAGUUUCAUCAGCGGCGUGUACACUGCACUGAUCGAGGGAGGCCACAAGAAGAAGGAUAUGCUCGUGACGAUUUCUUCUCGGAUGGCUUCGCUGAUGGACGAUCUGCUGGCCGACACAGAGGAGUUCUGCGAGGACGCGUCGCACUUCUUGGGCGCGCUGGGCUCCAUGGUGGGCGGCGUCGCCAAGAUCUGCGACCCGACCGGCCCGUGGAAGGCGGACGACAUCGACGCCUUCUACAGCGACAUCCUCUCCCUCGACCCCAACCGCGGGGGCAUCUUCAGCGGGCUGGAGGGGGUGGCGAUCGCCAUCGGCGCGUGCGCCGAGUACAACAAGACGUGGACGACCCUGAUGAAGGACAAAGUCAUGGUCAUGGAGCUCGCCCCCCAGGUUUCAGCAUCCAUGUCCGCCCUCUUGUCGGUGGCGCGCAGCCCCCUGGACUUCGACGGGGCGGUUGCUGCGGCCACCGCGGCGUUGAGCACCAUCCCGAAAGUCGCGUGCUCCCUGGACGACGAGCUCGCGACCCCCGUCGUCAAGGAGGUGAAGGCCGCGCUGAAAGAUUUGUCGGCCAGCGUCGCCUCAGCCACGUCGACGGGGUCAUUGGCGCAGACGCAGCAGAGCACGUUCAUCCAGCUGUUGGGCAAGGCGGUCGACGCCAUGCCGUCGGACGUCGAGCUUCUGAAGAUGAAGACGGAUAUGGACGAAGCCGACGCCUCCAUGGCCCGCGAUGCCAUCAGGGCCCAGUUGACCACGCUGGUCAACGACAUAUUCGCUGACACGGUGACCGCGGUCAACCUUCGCGACGACUUGCGCCUUAUCAUGGACAAGAUGACACAGGACGACUUGGAUUCGACGAUGACUGCGAAGCUCGGCGAGUGCGCCUGCGUCCUCAUCAAGAAGAUCUUGACGGUGCCCGAGGGGAACAAGGAGAUGGCGGACGCCGCGAUGCAGGCAGCGCACCACUUGCACGACUUCCUGCCGAGCACGGCCACGAAGGGACAGCAGCGGAGCUUGGAGGCAUCGAGCGCAUGUCGGUCGCUGAGGCCGACCACGGAGUCGAUCGUCCAGAAGUUCUUCGACGAUGAGAAGAAGCUCAUCGCGGAGCAGGUGGAUCUCGGGGACCCGCAGCUUGCCCUCCUGCGCGUCCUCCUGGAGAAGCUGGACGCCUACAUCAAGGACGAGGCCGACUCGGACAUCAGCUUGCACGAGCACAUGAGGGCGCAGAUCCACCAGUACGUGGAGGACGCGAGGCGCGUGGUGAAGACGGUGGGCCAGCACGCCGUCGACGUGGCAUCGGCCGAGACCCAGACGACAGCGGCGAAGAUCGAGCCCUACAUGCACGGCCUCCCCGACGGCGCGGACUGGUUGAGCGCUGGUCCAGCCAACCUCCACGUGUGGAAAAACUUGGCGGUCCACGCCGACAGCACGAUCUUGUCCACGGAGAUGAGCAAGACCAUCGCCCCCUUGAAGAAGAAUGUGGACGCUGCCGAGAAGGCGCUGGCCCGCUGGAAGUCCGAGGGUGAGAAAUACGGAUUGCGCAUCGAGGGGGAUCAGAACUACCAGAAGGUGUCAGAGAUCAUCACCAACGCGUGGGUGACUCUUGUGACAGGCAGUUUGUUCAUGGCUUUUAAGAAAGCGACUGACAAGCAGUUGCUGAGGGCUACGAUCGUAAAGACGACGAGUGCCCUCAAGGAGCGUGGCAUUUCGCAGGACCGUUUGCAUCCAACCCUGUUGGCGCGGGUGCAGCUGGCCAUGUAA